AUGCGACUGCCUGGAGCAAGAAUCUACGUUGUCAAUGAAGCGUCUCUGAUUCCUGUUGUGCAAAAGCGUAUCAGGUCCCUGUCAUUCUCGCCCAUCUUGGUUGAAAUGUCUGCUCGUGUUGUUGGCGUCACUCGAAAGACAUGGGAUAUCAUCAAUAGAGACUUUAUGAACGACGACAGUCUUAUUUCUGGUAUGCACACGAUUACACACCAGGCCAUGAGUCCAGGUCCUAAACUCGACCUUUUGACCAGGAAUGCAACGAGAUUCAUCCAAAAGCACCUAGACGAUUAUGCCAGUCAACGCAAUGUCACAAUAAGUUUGAAGGCCUGGGUCGAUCACCAGGUUAUCAUGUCAACAACCGAUUGCUUCUACGGAGCGCACAACCCUUUCCGUGGUCCUAAUGUUGAGGCCCUCUGGCAUGAUUAUGAAACAGGGAUUGUGCCACUCUUGAUAAGUAUAUUUCCGUCAAUAACAGCAGCAAAGCACGUUCGAGCGCGCAGAAUUCUGGUCGAAGCCUUUGAGUCGUACUUUACCCACAUCCGCCAAGCUGAUACCUGCGAUGCAUCGGCAUUAAUCACCGAACGAUUUGAACUGUAUCAGCAGAACGGUAUUCCAAUACCGGAUAUUGCCCGCAUCGAAGUUGGACAAGCCUUAGGGCUUAUAAGCAAUAUGAAACCCGCUGCGUUUUGGUUGCUCUAUCACGUAUUUUCCGACAAAAUAGUUCUUCAGGACUGUAGAGCGGAACUUUCUAGGAUCUGCACUGAAAAGAAUGCAAUUUGCACCAUCAACAUCAGAAACCUGUCGCAGUCGUGCCCUGUUCUUGCGUCAACGUUCCAGGAGGUACUACGUUUUCACGGAACCGGAGUAUCGCCACGCAUGGUGGUUGAAGACGAACGUCUCAAUGGCCAAUACCUCUUGAAAAAGGGAGCCGUCGUGCUGAUACCUGCCUGGGUUCAACACCGCGACAGGGGUAAUUGGGGAGAUGAAGCUGAUGUAUUCAAUCAUAAGCGGUUCGUGAGAGAGCCAUGCAAGAAACGAAGCCACAACCCCGCCGCCUUUCGAGGAUUCGGGGGUGGUGCAACGCUCUGUCCAGGCCGCCAUUUCGCGACAGCAGAAGUUGUGACCCUGGCCGCACUCGUUAUUCACCGAUUUGACAUGGACCCCGUGGAGGGGAGAUGGACAUACCCAAAGGCGACCAGCUCUAAACCUGGCAUUGCUGUCCACCAGCCAGACGGGGAUCUACGCUUGACACUUUCUCGUCGUUGUCAGAAAGAGUGGGCAGUGCAAGCCUAG